AUGAUAACUCCAUCAUUUGUAGCUGAUGAUGAGGAUGUAGAUCUGCAACACGCCUUGGAAUCAUCAUUAGUAGAUUCCACAUGUGAACCGAUAGGUAUAAGUCUAAAUGAUAGUUACACAAACUUUAACAAGAUUGAAGAGUAUAUGAAGUCAAUAGAAGGAGAAUUUAUAAAUAUCUUAACAAAUGGAAGCACUAAAUCUACUGAUGAUCUUGAAUUUCUAAAGUCAAUUGUCUCGGAAGUUACGUUUAAUAAUAAAAACCAUGAAUUCUUAUAUCUAAGUCCUAAGGAUAUGACAUAUAAUCCAUCUUUCGAUGAAGAGUUGUCUAAUUUACCUACUAAUGAAGUUCUUGAGUUAUUAAACAUAGUAUUUGGAUCUACGAGACCACUAGCACAAGCUGAGGAUAUUAGAAGGUGGUUAUUACAUUCCUUUGAACUAAAUGCUCAAAAAAAUACAAAUAUUUGCAAUAAGGGGGAAGGUAUUAUUAAUAACAAUAGUCUAAAUAUGCCAUUUGAAAAGAUGAAUUUUUGCUUAGUUCAGCAAUAUGGUGGUCCUUGUGGUAUUUUGUCUCCUAUUCAAGGUUAUAUGUUAAAACAAAUAAUCUUUAGAUCAGGGACAUUAUGUAAUGCUCGUAAUUUACUAAAUUAUAUGGAUAAUAUUGAUGAGGAAAUUUGUUGGAGAGUAUUCAUUGAAGCAUUAUGCAUUAUUUUAUAUCAAUCAUCUCUGUCAAGUACCUACAAAGUUAUACAGUUAAAGUCAAAUUUAGUAUCAUUGUGGGAGGAAAAUAGCAUGUAUAUAAGAAAAUUUGAGAGUAUAGUUGAUGUUUAUCAAUUUUAUUUAAAGAGAUGUAGAAAGGGGAUAUUUUCAAGGCGUGGAUCUUUACUUUCAUUUUUGUUCAGUGUUAUAGCUACGCGAGGGGUUGAUACAAUACAAUCUGAAGUAGAUAUGAUAGAUAAUCCAUUAAUUGGUUUAUAUGGUCACUGUAGCCAAGAACUAGUUAAUUUGAUGAUAGUAGGCAAAGCAGUUUCAAAUGUUUUUGAUGGUACGAAAGUACUAGAUGAAGAUGGAUAUGGAACACUAAUACUUAGAGGUAUACCAAAACGAUCUAUAAUAGGAUAUUUAACUGAACAUGAAGCAUUUCAGUAUUGUACAGUUGGCUUUCAUUAUAAAUAUCCAUUACUACCUAUAUGGAUUAUUGGCAACAAGAAUCAUUAUCGUUGUAGCUUCUCAUUUUCAUACGAAGAAUGUAUUUUAUCACCUUCAGAACAAUUAAAUCAAAUAUUAAUGAAAUCAUUUCAAAUAUAUGAUAAGGAAAACUCUGGUUUUAUUAUGGAUACACAAGUAGAGAGUUACCUGUCAAGUAUUAACAUGCCUGAAUUUCAUAGUGUUCUAAAAGAAAAUAUAUCAGGUGGAAUAUUAUUAUGGAAUGACUUAAAGACACUUAUCUUUGACAAUUUGAAUAUCCCUUUAGAUGAUUCUGAUAUACGAAGAUUACCAUGUACAUUAUACGUAUUUGACUGUCAGGUGAACAAGGGGACUACAUUGAUAUGCGCUACACUACUUGAUUUGAAGGACUACUCAGUUAUACAUAAAGAUGGCAAUGUUACUGAAAAGAAGACAGCUGAUGAACUAGACUUAGUCUCAAUAUUACAAACAAGAUGGGGCAGUGAUACAGUUUUCAAGACUAAUUUAAUAAACUUAACAUGA